AUGCCACUCAAGCCAGAAUCUUCGGAAACAGUGUUAGGAAAUUCUAAAGAAAUCGCAUUGAAAAGACUAGAUGAAUUGUGGACACGCUUGGAACGGGAUUCUACUUUGAAAACACUUUAUGUAGAAUUUCUUAAUGAAUAUGAAAAUUUGCAUCAUUUGGAGGAGGUGAAAGAAGAUAUACUUAUAGAUGACGAGUAUUAUCUACCACACCACGGCGUACUGCGUUCCACCAGCAAAACAACUAAACUACGCGUGGUCUUUAACGCGAGUUUGAAAACGUCUAGCGGGCAUUCCUUAAAUGAUUUAUUGUGCAAGCGAGGAGUGCUUCAAGAAGACCUCUUGUCGAUUCUAAUUAGAUUUAGAAAGCACAUUUUCGCCUUUACUGCUGACAUCAAACAGAUGUUUAGAAUGAUUGAAGUUAAUCCUUCGCAAAGUAAGCUUCAAAAAAUCUUAUGGAAAGAUAGUAAAUUCGCACAGGUUAAAGUUUACCAGUUACGAACUGUAACGCAUGGAACCGCGUCUGCGCCAUACUUAGCCACUAAAGUUUUACAACAACUUGCCCUAGAUGAGGGAACGGACUUUCCUUUAGCUUCAAGAGCAGUCCUCCAAGAUUUCUACAUGGACGAUUGCCUUUCUGAUUCUUCAGACAUCAACGAGUUAGAAAAACUGAUGUUAGAGUUAAAGCAGCUUCUCCAAAAGGGAGGAAUGACUUUGCACAAACGGUGCAGUAACAAAGCAACAACUACCGAGCUGGAAGAGUUCACGCUUGAUCGAAAUUCUGAAGAAAUAAUAGUUAAAACGCUAGGAAUGUUUUGGAAUAGUUUAAGCGAUUCCUUUACAUAUAAAUUAUGGUUGCUUAAGUUAGACUGGAAUGAAACACUACCUCCAGUUGUUGCCGAACAGUGGGAAAACUUCAUUAAAACACUACCACAUUUGGAACACAUUCAUGUACCAAGGUGUUUUUUAAAAACCAAUACCAAUUUGGUAGUACUCCAAGGUUUCUCAGACGCAUCUUCAAAGGCUUACGGUGCAGUGAUAUACAUCCAAACUGUGUCCAGCACCGGUGAAGUAAACAGUACACUUCUCUGCAGCAAAUCACGUGUUGCUCCUACAAAAUGCAUUACAGUCCCACGUCUGGAGCUUUGUGCCAGCCUUCUUCUCGCAAAACUAACGGAAAAGGUCCUAACAGCUGUUAAACUUCAAAUAGGCUCUGUGAAAUUGUACUCUGAUCCUACAAUAGCACUAGCAUGGAUCAAGACUCCUUCAAAUCUGCUUAAGACUUUGUUUUGCAGAAGGUGUAAAUCUUCUAAAACGCCUACAGGAGAGCUCACGUCCAAAGAAUAUGAAAGAGCAGAAAAUUAUUUGAUAAAACAUUUACAGGUAAAGUAUUUUCCUGCUGAGAUAUCAGCUUUAGAAAGGGAAUCUUCAGUUCCACCUACGA